CCUUUUUGUGCCGUAAUAUUAUAAUAACUCUCACGACAAGUUGAUAUUCUGAUAGACUCGUUCUUCUGUCUAUCACAUUCCUAGAAUCCUUUCCAAGCCAGACAUAAAAGACAAGUCUAUCGGCUGGCAUCCCUCACCCACUACAAUGGUUUCUUACACAGAAAUACAAGGCUCCAACGCGCUGAUCAACGAUGCCACGGCCCCACGAGUCGCCGUCUUCGUCGGCGGUACAUCAGGCAUCGGAAAAUUCACUGUUAGGGCCCUAGUCGCCACGGGUGCCAGCGUGAGAAUCUACCUAGUCGGUUGCAAGAGUUCCGAAGAGCGCACGAAUGCUUUCAUCCAGGAGUUGCACACCAUCAAUCCCAGGGCCGAAGUCAUUUGGACGGAAGGCGAGGUCUCGCUCCUUGCGGACACAAAGAGAGUAUGCGAGGUGAUCAAAAGUAAGGAGCCACGCGUCGACUUGCUGUUCCUUUCCGCGGGUUACGCACCAUUCGGUACACGCAGGGAGACUACCGAGGGCUUGGAAAUCGUGCAGAGCCUGGAGUACUAUUCGCGAAUGCUCUUCGUUCUACAUCUUCUCCCUCUCCUAGGCAAAGCGGAAGUCCCCAGGGUCAUCAGCGUUUUUGCGGGCGGGUUGAUGAAGACAACUAUCGACUUGGACGACAUAGACCUGAAGAGGCCUGGGAAUUUCGGCGUCAUGAAGGCCAAGACGCAAUACGGAAACAUGAACACGACGAUUUUGGAGAAGCUGGCCGACGAAAAUCCCAAUGUGACAUUCAUCCACUCCUGGCCCGGGUCGGUCAACACGGGCAAUGUAAGAAGGGGUUUGGAUCCGAAUUCGAUCCUGGCCUGGCUCGUUGGCUUAUCUUUGAGCCCCUUUUUGGCCUAAUUUCGUUCAGCGACGAUGAGUCUGGACAGAGGCACUUGUUCAAAAUCACCAGUGCUGCUUUUGGCGGUCGUGGCAUACCAUGGAAGGGCAAGCCGGGUGUAAAUUCGCUGGAGAGGCAGGCGGAUGGUUUUUUUCUCGUCAAUAAUAAGUGCGACUGUACUCCAAAUGCGAAGGUCAUGUCUUUACUCCGAGAGAAGGCACAGAGAAAGGUUUGGGACCAUACCCAGGAAGUUCUUCGACCAUAUCUAUAAACUGAGGAUUCUCCUUCAUUAAUGUUAAUGAAGUCUCUUUAGUCGGUGGAUUCAUGAUACUAAUAUCUGAGUGGGUUAAUGAGUUUACUUCUGGAGAUAUACUAC